CGGGCGGUGUCAGGAGAAGUGUUAUGAGUCGGUUGUGUGCGACUCAACUUCCGCAGAUCCUGCAGCCGAAUACCAGACUGGAGACAUGCGCGUGGCAGUGAUUGGAGCUGGUGUCAUCGGGCUAUCGACGGCUCAGAGCAUCUAUGAGCACUAUCAUUCCACUGUCACUCCUCUGACCAUCGAGGUGUACGCAGACCGUUUCACUCCACUGACCACGAGUGAUGGAGCUGCUGGCUUCUGGCAGCCGUACCUGUACGACAAAGGCAACGUCAAUGAGACACAAUGGAAUAAAGAGACAUUUGACUACUUGCUGAGCUUCCUCAAUUCACCAGAGUCCAUAAAAAUGGGUAUAUUCCUUCAGUCUGGCUAUAACGUCUGCACUGAACCAACCCCAGAUCCUUCCUUUAAAGAUUCUGUCCUGGGUUUCAGAAACCUCAGUGACCGGGAGCUGCAGUUGUUUCCUGGAUACAGUUAUGGGUGGUUCAACACUGCUCUCAUGGUGGAAGGCAAAACUUACUUGCCCUGGCUGAUGGAUUGGUUGCAGAAGCGUGGAGUGAAAUUUUACCACAGGAAAAUAGAGUCCUUCAAGGAGUUGGCAGAAACUGGGGCAGAUGUGAUCAUUAACUGCACUGGUGUGAGAUCAGGUGAUCUUCAGCCGGACCCAGACCUGAAACCAGGCCGCGGUCAGAUUGUGAAGGUGGAUGCUCCGUGGUUGAAGCAUUGGAUUAUUACCCACAACUUUAAGACGGGAUUCUACAACUCGCCGUACAUCAUCCCAGGGAGUCGUCUUGUGACUGUGGGUGGGGUUUGCCAGAUUGGAAACUGGAGUGAACAGAACAACUCCAUUGACCAUAAGGACAUCUGGGAAGAGGCCUGCAAGCUCGUGCCCAGUCUCCAGCAUGCCAAGAUAGUGGACGACUGGUCCGGCCUCAGACCUGUUAGAACUAAAGUCCGACUGGAGCGGGAGACCAUUCAGGCUGGUGCAACUAACAUGGAGGUGAUCCACAACUACGGCCAUGGAGGUUUCGGACUCACCAUUCACAGGGGCUGCGCUGAGGAGGCAGCGAGGCUCUUCGGUCAGAUCGUCGACAAAAAAGGCAGCGGACCAAGAGCUCGCUUGUAAAUUUGAGUCAUGGUGAAGACACUACAAUUUAAAUUUCAUAAUCAGUGCCUUUUAAUUUAGUGCAAUUUGCCAGUGUACAGUACUAGAAAUCAGUGGGGGUAACAUGAUGAAAUGUUACAAAAAGUCCCGUCCAGUAUUAAUUAAUAGAUGGUUCAUCUAUGGAAGCAAUAAUUUGAAAAUGACAAUGAAAAGCUCAGUAAAAGUAGAUACUGACAUUAUUUGGCGAUGAAGCCAAAUCUUAGAUUUUCUUUAGUAUAAAAUAACAACAGGAAUCCAGUGCUCUUUUUGAAAGAUCAUUUACUAUGAUAUUAUACACAUUUACACCUAGAGUAUUGACAAGAAUCUGUGCACACAGACACACAGACACACAACGCAGUACUCUAUCUCAAACACUGGCAGGUUAAGUGUGAGCCUGCUGCUGGAUCUGUGCUGGAUGCUGUGUUCGUUUGUGUUGUUGUUUUUUAUUACUUUGAUCAGUGUGUUACUCAUAGAAACAGAUUUGUCAAAGUCUUUUUCCACAUCACCUUUUUUUUUUUUUAAA